AUGGGCCCCUGUACCGCCUCCUCAUGCUGCUGCCAGGCCCGUAAACUGUCAUGGGCCCCUGUACCGCCUCCUCAUGCUGCUGCCAGGUCCAGAGUGUGUCAUGGGUCCCUGUACGGCCUCCCAUUGCUGCUGUCUCCAUCGCCACACUCUGCCAUGUGCCACUUUCAGGUCUCCUCACACUGCUGGUGGGUUCCAUUUUGUCAUAGGGUGCUGUAUGGCCUCCCAUUGCUGCUGCCAGGCCCGUAAUCUGCCAUGGGCCCCCGUACCGACUCCUCAUGCUGCUGCCAGGCCCGUAAUCUGUCAUGGGCCCCUGUACCGCCUCCUCAUGCUGCUGCCAGGUCCAGAGUGUGUCAUGGGUCAUGGGCCUCCCUGUUGCUGGCCAGUAAUCUGCCAUUGCUGCUGU